GAGGAUUUGAGGAGCAUGUAUGCAUACUUGCCAUUUGAUAUAGUUCUUGUAAUUUGUUCUUUUCUGCAGGUGGAGCUUUGUGAUGAUGAUGACUUCCUUGUUUUGGCUUGUGAUGGCAUUUGGGACUGCAUGUCAAACCAACAGUUGGUUGAUUUCAUCCGUGAGCAUAUAAACACAGAGGAAAGCCUUUGUGCAGUGUGUGAAAGAGUGCUUGAUAGAUGCCUGGCUCCAUCGACCAUGGGGGGCGAGGGAUGCGAUAACAUGACAAUGAUCCUGGUGCAGUUCAAGAAGCCGAUUACUCAGAACAAGGACGACAGUGGUGCAGAACAGUCAGCUGGAGACACAGAACCCUCCGAGGUGCACGUGGCCGAGGAGAAUGGCUCAUGAUGAACAGGUACGGCGAGGAAAUGGCUCUUGAAGCAUGGCCCCUGAUGCCUGGACCUGGCUAAAACAGGUGUACAAUGUUGCAAUGUACCUACAUACCAACCAUGUGUCGAAUUGGCGUGAACGCUAUUCUUUGCCCUAUUGUUGUCUCUUGUCUGUAACCCUACCUGCUGUUAUCUUCCGGUUGUGAUUUUGGCCAUCUGACAUCACCUAACUGUAUAUUUGUGGGUGGAAAUGGUGUUGCAAUAGCUCAUUUUGUUCAA